AUGGCUCAGGGACUGGCGCCGCGCAACACCUCCAGGCUCAGCUGCGCCAGCACCACGUCGCACUCGCCAAAGCCUCCCACCGGUACUCGAUCUUUGAAUCUGUAUCGCUCUCUGCCGAGUGUGGCUACACAGAGCACAGCAAGUCCCACUAGCUCCCUGAGUACUGAGCGCCACAGCUAUAUCAGCAGCGCUCCACAGGCUGCUCAUAAGCACACGCUCGCACACAAAAUGAGCAUGUCCUCCUCAGCGAGCUCACCCCGGACCCCGCCGCGGUACACGGGCUACAGUCCUAUCGACCUGGAGGAACGCAUGCUGUGCAAGCAAGCGCGAUCGGACACUGUCGUCAGUCCAGAGAGCGACAGUCAUUUCUCGCUCGAGCGCGCAAGUGCCUUUGCAAGCCCGCGCUCAGUCCAGCGCCGCCCUCGUCACCGGGCCGGCAGCAGUGGCAGUCUCCUCGAUUCUCCCACCCUCGAUAGGGCAGCGAAGCAGAGGCUCAAGCGAUCCUUUGGCACGGCGGGCGCACUCGCGCCUCCUGUUGCACUCAAGAUAUCGACGAGCAGGCAGCAACAUGCUCACGGGGAGACCUCACUCGCCCAAGCAUCGCUCGACUUGGACAACGCAAUAUGGCACCUGUCUACCAACAGCACUCUCAAACAGGAUCUCGCCGACUCGUCAAAAUUAGAGGAUGUCCUCGAUAGUAUGACAAGUCAGACUGUAGCACUUGACAUGCUCCAUACACCUUCGACGGCUGGCCGACGUCUUUCAGAUGCUUGCAUGUCCGACUCCAUCCGUACUGGCUUGCUCGAUACUCCCAUCGAGCUGAACGACGCCUUCGGUGAAGGUGAACAAGAUCGAGGCUUCGAAGCGCUGAUGAUCAUCAAUGGCAAAGUACCUUCGUCCGGCACGAGUGCGUUCGUCUACAAGGUCUAUCAGAUGCUUCUCGACACUUGCUACGAGCAUCUGAUCUGCUGGAAUGAAGAAGGCAACACCUUCGUCGUGACUUGUGUCCCCGAGUUCAGCAAGCUGGUCUUGCCCCGACAUUUUAAGCACAGUAACUUCUCGAGUUUUGUUCGGCAGCUCAAUAUGUAUGGUUGGUCAAAGACGAACAAGACACCUCGCGGUCAUCGCGGAUCACUAGAGCUCCAGGCAUGGGAGUUCGCCCACCCCGACUUCAGACGCGGUCGUAUCGACCUGCUGGAUCAAAUCAAGCGCAAAGGCCCAGAGAGCUCGCCAAGCCGAGAAAACACGUCGCCAUCAUGCGAGGAGGGUCCUUCAUCAAGCAUCACGCCAAUGCCACAGCAGACCUCAUUCUUCCCUCCCACACCACAGUCUGCAAAUUCCAGUCAACAUGCGAGCCGCAACACGCAACGUCAUCUCGGCAACGGUCAUCCGCCGUCAAUGUCGUCACAACGCUCAGAGACUGCUGCGAGAAAAGGGCAGCUCAAGCGUUCACUGAGCACGCCCAAUACAAAUCGCAACUUGAGCACUCGUCGUGGCGUUGAGACAUCGCCAGAACUGCUUCACAAAACGCAGCAGAAGCAAGAAUGGCGGCUCAAGCAGCUUCAAGAAGGCUACGAUGCGCUCUACAAAGAAAUCGCCGAGACGAGACGCCGAGAGGCAAUCCUACUCGAUCUAUGUGGUGGAAUGCAUAUGCUCCUCCAACAGCAAUUUCCUGGAUCCCUGCCUGAUCUGCUCACCACCCUGCAAGCUUCCAACAACGACAGCGAGCCAGACAGUAUACCGAUUUUCGUCACUGACACUGGCUUUCGCGCUCCUCCGGACGGCUACAUCAGUCAAGCGCACUCAUCUUACACUGGCUCACCAGCAAAUAACGCUCUCGAUAUGAGCCGCAACCCCUCUGUGCUGUCUCUUGAUCCCGCGACAUAUUCGGCGUUUAGCAGCUUCGGCAUUUCCAGCGCGAAUGCUAGCACCUGCAGCUCUCCAUGCGGCCUCUUGUCACCUGCUCAUUCGGACAGUCUCGCAUUUCUGGACAUGACCAAAUUGAGUUCGUCUCCCUCACCGCUGCCACUUCAGUCUAGUUCUGCGGAAGAACGCGGCCAAUACGCCAACGGUCUGGUGCACCCUCAGCCAACGCACGCAAUUUCGAUUGAGCACGACUUUGACCUGCUAGCUCAGUGCCCGUAG